AUGCCCGGCGUCAAAAGAAAGGCAGAGGCAAAGGCCUUCACGCCUUUCUCGUCCAAACACACAUCUAGCCCGUCGGCGAGAUCUGGACCACAAAGCACACCGACUUCCUCGUCGCGCAAAGCCAAACAGGCUACAGUCGACGUCGACGACAGCGAUAACAACGACGAAUUUGAUGAUGGAGAAGAUUUGCUCGAUUCUGCAUUGCACGGCACUGGAUCUGCCGCUCUGCCAGACGAUCUGGACGACGACGACGAUGAAGAAGAAAUUGAAGAGGACAACGAAGACGACGACGAUGAUGAUGAUGAAGAUGACGAUGAUUCAGAAGUGGCAUAUCAGGACGAGAUUGAACUCGCGUCAGAUCAAGAAGACGAAGAGGAUGACGAAGACGAGGAAAGCGAUGACUUCGACCAUAUCGAGCGGUCCGAGGUCGAGAUCAUGUCGGACGAGGACAUGGAUGGUGGCUUUGAAGACCUCGAGGCCGCCGGCGGCGACGUUGACGACAGCACAGCAUCCCUCUCCGACAACACAAGCGCAGCUGCGUCGUCAAAUCGCAAACCAAGCAAGAGCACGCUCUACGCUAUCCCAACCCUCGCCGAAGUGCAGGGUCUCAAGGAAACAGGCGAGCUCUUCAAGAACAACGUUUUCAAACUCAAAAUCGACGAGAUGCUUCCCGAAGUGCGCCCUGCUUACCAGAAGGCCAGCGCUCUCGAGACGGUCUUGCGCAGACUCCAUCAGCUGUUCGAGGCUGCUUCCCCUAUCUCACCCUUGCCUGCGGACGAGGCGAUCAAGAGCUUCCAGAAGCGCACCUCCGGUUCCAAGGUCCGCAUUCCUUUUCCUGAUCCGGCUCCCAAGACCGACGCCAACUACAAGCUCGGCUUCGAGAAGCCUUCAGCUAUGCACCUUGUGGGCAGCUGGCCGCUUAAAUCGGCAACAAAGCGUCCCGAGGGGGUUGAUGUUGAUGUUGCCGCUGUCAUGCCCUCAAGCCUCUUCCAGCCAAAGGACUAUGUCAACUUCCGAUACUUUCACAAAAAGGCUUUCUACCUCGCAGCGCUCGCACAUGCCAUUCAGACCGCAGAGGAUGAACACGACAUCCACCUCGGCGUCACCGCUUCGUUUGGACUCGUUGAUGCAGAUCCCCGACGCCCCAUCUUGGUGCUCAGGCCAAUUCACGACAAGUCUAAGACUGAUUUCUCGAAGCUCAAAUGCACCAUCCGGAUUCACCCUUCCAUAGACGCCGAUACCUUCAAGCCCAUCCACCUGGGCCCUCUGCGCAGCAACGUGCGUGUAGCUUCUGUCCAAGCCGAGGCUUCCAUUGGUCUUCCAUCGUCAACCGCAGAGUCUGCUACGCCACGCUACAACGCUGCCAUCCUCGCCGAUACUCUGCAUCUUCCGCACCUCGUCUAUUUGCACACUGUCGCCCAAGCCUGCCCGGCCUUUGCGGACGCGUGCUUGCUGCUCAAGACCUGGGCGUUCCAGCGCGGAUUUGGCUCCGGUGGCCGUCUGAACCCCAAGCGCAUCCGUGAUACUGGCGAGGACCGCCGCCGACUCGUCGCUGGCACCGCCUCUCUUCGCUUCAUCCUCACCAUGAUCCUGGCACACCUCUUGCAAGGCGAAGAGAAGAAGUCGGGCUGGAAACGCGAUACCACCAACGCUGGGCGCAGCAAGCUCUCCAACAGCUUUUCGAGCUAUCAGCUGUUCCGCGGUGUCAUGGACUGGCUGGCAAAGCAUGACUUCAAGACCAACCCGGUGUUUAUGAAGUCGAUGCCCGAGGCUGGACUUGCCUCUCGAUCGGAUAAGGUGCCACGUCAGGAGUUCAGCCAGGUGUUUGAUCGCGUGCUCGUCGAUCCGAGUGGUACGCUCAACUUGUUUGCUUUCAUUCCGACUGGAUCUAUCGACCUCCUGCAGUACGAGGCAAGACGUACAUUCGAGAUGCUCAACGAUCCGAGCUCCGACCACUUUGACGCGCUCUUCCUGCAGGACCGCACCGCUGCUCCUUUUACGUUUGACGAGGUUGCGCGCAUCAACCUGCCCCUUGCUGCAGCUCGGGCUCAGCUCCACAAGGAUGGUGUCGGCAUCUCGACAUCGUCGCCCGUACAGCGCGCUGAUUUCGGCACCUCGUUCCAGGCGGCCAUGAUCCAGGUCAGUACUACUGCCUCGCGUGCCCUCGAGGGCCGAACCAAGCUCGUUGCGCUCCUGCAUCCCGCCACGGGCGGUCUGGCAGGCACAUGGAGGCUGGACGGAUCGCGCCCCGCUGCGUCGAGCGACGCAGAGAUUGGUCUCCUACUCGAUGGCGAGCAGGCAUGGAGGAUGGUCGAGCACGGGCCUUCGAGCCAGGACACAGAAAAGGCGGAGCGGUUUCGCGCUUUCUGGGGUAAGAUGUCCGAGCUGCGCCGAUUCAAGGACGGCAGAGUGCUCGAGAGUGUCGUGUGGCCCGUAACCACUCAAGCCUCUCGAUGGGCGAUUCCGCGCCGCAUCCUCUCGUACGCGCUUUUCCGCCACCAUGCGAUCCACGAGUCGCAGAUCCAGUUUGUCUCAUCGCACUUCGAGUCGCUGUUGGAUAUCGACACGACGCUCGCCCGAACCGCGCACCUGGUCAGCACGGAAGAAAAGGGCUUCGCUUUGGUCCAGUCUGCCUUCGACCAGCUGUCGAAGGAUCUGCGGGCCCUCGAGUCGCUGCCACUGUCGAUCAUCUCAAUUUCGCCCGCUUCUCCCGGCCUGCGCGGCACGAGCACCUUUGUGCCCGCCCCGCUCAACCUCGAGCUGCUCGGCGACCGCAUCCCGGACACAGCAUCCUACCUGCCCGUCCACGACAUUAUCAUCACGUUCGAAGGCUCCGGUAAAUGGCCCAACGAGCUGGCGGCAAUUCAAGCCAUGAAGGCGGCCUUCUUCGAACGCAUGUGUGCCGAGAUCACCAACAAGAUCGCCGGAACCACGUGUCGCGUUGUAUUCGAGUCGAACGCAUCGUCAAAGAUGGAGGACCAGUGCAGCUUGGAGCUGAUCUUGGCUAGUGGAUUUGCCUUCCGAGCGCGGGUGAUGCACAACCGAGAGAAAGUGCUGCUGGAGCGAAUCCUGGCGGACCGCUUCGAGUCGGCGGGCGCCAAGCGCCGAGCACGCAAGAUUCUGCACGAGUGGCAGCGUCGGUUCGAGACAUCACCCUUGCACCACUCGUAUAUUGCUUCGAUGGGCAAUCGCUUCGCAUCGUUUGGUGGAGCAGUGCGUCUGACCAAGCGAUGGCUGGCUAGCCAGAUGCUCUCGUCACCCGCCGUCCCGGAGGAGCUGAUCGAGCUCGUUUGCGCAGCAGCUUACCUGUCGCCAGAGGAAGGAGCGCCGGCUUCGGCGGUAGCUGGACUGCUCCGUAUCUUGCGCCUGCUAGCCAACUGGAGGUGGAAAGAGGAGCCUCUGAUGGUGCCCAUCCAAGCCGUCAUUGACGCUGCCGAGGCUAAGGCCAUCUACACGUUCGCUACGGACAAGCGCACCGAAGUGGAGACCCAUUUCACUGCUGCUCGCGGUAGCGAUCCAUCGAUGAUGCACCGCGCUUGGUUCGUCGCCACAGAGACGGAUACGGAAGGACUCGCGUUUGGCCGCAAAGGCCCUGUUGGAGGUGUAGCAGAUGGCAUCAAGAAGCUCGCACGCGCCGCCGUCGCUGUGCUCGAAGAAGCGACCUCUCUUGAUGCCGACCAAGUGCUGGCGCUCUUCACACCUUCGCUGGACCACUACGAUUUUGUCAUCCACCUCAACCGCGCCGUCCUUUCGCGAUACAGCGAAAAUGUCCGAGCCGACCCGUCGGUGUGGGGCGCCAAACGCACAAAGUACGCCAACGACGCCGCUGCCGCCAUUCAGUCCGCCGACAGCGUGCUGGGCUCGACCGCCAAACCCGCAUUCGACGCUGCGCAGGCGUUCCUCGCGCUGCUGAGGGGAUUGUACAGCGACUCGUUCCGACUGUACCACGACCAGCACGGCGGUUGCGUGAUCGGAGGGCUCUUCAACCCUUCGCUCGACCGCGAGCGCGACUUUAAGGUCGGUCUUGGCUUCUCGUCUUGUCCAAGCAACGAUGCUUCGUCGACAAACAAGAAGACGCAGGUGAAACUCAACAAACCGGCCAUUUUGGCUGAGAUCCAACGCUUGGGAGAAGGGUUGGUCGAGAAGAUCCAACUGAAAAGUGCCUGA